AUGAUGCAAAUGCUGCUGUACAAACAAAAUGGAAUCAACGGUUUAGGUUUUGUUAACCGUGGGCCAAAUGAUUUGUUUACGACAUUGUCGGGAACCACUAGUGGUGGAAGUUUGUUAGCAUCAAAUUUAUGUGGCAUUACAUUGGAUAGUGAAGCUAAAAAGGCUAAAUUAGAUUCAAUGAAUUUGUUGACAGCAACUGGUGGUAUGAUAUUACCGUCCACGCAACAGCAACUUCUUUCCGCAGUUGCAUUUGCUAAUGAACAUCAAUUUUUGCAAAAUUCGGCCCUUCUUAGUCAAGCAUUCACUGUUACUAACAAUUCGUUGGCUGCUGCUGCAACAUCAACUGGUGGUAAUUUUCGACAGCAUAUUUCACGUGUGGUACACCUUCGAAAUAUACCAUCUGAUAUGACUGAUCUGGAAUUAGUCCAUUUUUGUAUGCCUUAUGGAAAAUUAGUCAAUUAUUUAUUACUUAAAGGAAGGAAUCAGGCAUUUGUGGAAUAUGAGGAUGAACGUAGUGCUCAAACUUUGGUUACUGUUAAUAUAGCAUGUCCAGUAGCUAUUCGUGAUAGGACAAUAUUUUGUCAAUUUUCAACUCAUCAAGAAUUAAAAACACAUCCUCGUCUUCCAGCUAAUAGCAAUGGCUCUAAUGUUAUCACCGAUCAGGAUGGUAAUGAGGUUUGUUUAUUUUUCACUAUCUGA